AUGACGCCAAGCACUCGUGAUGCAGCGGAAAGGGAAGCUACUUAUGGCUUUGUGUACGGAGUCUCCGGACCUGUAGUAACAGCCGAGAAAAUGGCUGGAUCUGCUAUGUACGAACUUGUUCGAGUUGGUCAUGGUGAAUUGGUGGGAGAAAUCAUUCGUCUUGAAGGCGACUUCGCAACCAUCCAAGUAUACGAGGAAACAUCGGCCGUCACAAUCGGUGAUCCAGUGCUACGAACGGGAAAGCCGCUUUCGGUAGAGCUUGGUCCAGGAAUUAUGGGUUCCAUUUUCGACGGAAUUCAACGUCCACUCAAAGACAUCGCUGACAUGACACAGUCAAUCUACAUUCCAAAAGGAGUAUCAACAAAGGCUCUUUCCCGUGAAGCACGUUGGGAUUACACUGUAAGCAAGAACAUCUUCGUUGGAGCUCACGUCACUGGUGGUGAUGAACUUGGAACAGUUCAUGAAAAUCUCCUCAUCAAGCAUAAAGUCAUGCUUCCACCAAACUCGUGCGGUACAGUGACUUUUGCAGCACCAUCUGGACAAUACACUGUUGAGGACAUAUUGUUGGAAGUUGAGUUCGCUGGACAGAAAGAAAAAUUCACCAUGCUCCAAAUUUGGCCCGUCCGUAACCCUCGUCCAUGUGCCGAAAAGCUUGCGGCUAAUAACCCACUACUGUGCGGUCAACGAGUUCUUGAUGCCCUCUUCCCGUGUGUGCAAGGAGGAACUACAGCUAUCCCAGGAGCUUUCGGUUGUGGAAAAACUGUCAUUUCUCAAUCUCUUUCAAAGUACUCUAACUCUGAUGCAAUUAUUUAUGUAGGAUGUGGUGAACGUGGAAAUGAAAUGUCUGAGGUACUUCGUGAUUUCCCUGAGCUAACUAUGGAGGUUGAUGGAGUGACUACUUCAAUCAUGAAACGUACUGCUCUUGUGGCCAACACAUCGAACAUGCCUGUCGCUGCUCGAGAAGCUUCCAUUUAUACUGGCAUCACCCUGGCCGAGUACUUCCGUGAUAUGGGUUUGAAUGUAGCCAUGAUGGCCGACUCAACUUCCCGAUGGGCUGAGGCACUUCGAGAGAUUUCUGGACGUUUGGGAGAAAUGCCUGCUGAUUCCGGUUACCCUGCAUAUCUUGCCGCUCGUCUGGCUUCAUUCUACGAACGUGCCGGCAAAGUAAAAUGCUUGGGAUUCCCAGCUCGCGAAGGAUCUGUUACAAUUGUCGGCGCUGUGUCGCCUCCUGGUGGAGAUUUCGCCGAUCCCGUCACAUCCGCCACACUUGGUAUCGUACAGGUGUUCUGGGGACUCGACAAGAAGCUCGCGCAAAGAAAACACUUCCCGUCUAUCAACUGGCUGAUUUCAUACAGUAAGUACAUGCGCGCCCUGGAAGAUUUCUAUGAGAAGAACCAUCCCGAGUUUGUAUCUCUUCGAACGAAAUGCAAAGAAAUUCUUCAGGAAGAAGAAGAUCUUUCUGAGAUUGUGCAAUUGGUCGGUAAGGCAUCACUUGCCGAAUCUGACAAAAUUACUCUCGAAGUUGCGAAACUCAUAAAGGACGACUUCCUUCAACAAAACGGUUAUACUCCGUAUGAUCGAUUCUGUCCCUUCUACAAAACCGUUGGAAUGCUCAAGAACAUGAUUGCAUUCUAUGAUUUGGCUCGGCACGCAGUUGAAUCCACGGCGCAAUCAGAAAAUAAGGUAACAUGGGCAAUUAUUAGAGAUCACAUGGGAGACCUUCUUUACCAGCUUUCAUCAAUGAAGUUCAAGGACCCCGUGAAAGAUGGUGAAGAAAAAAUCAAGAAGGAGUAUGACGAUCUCUUGGAAGCAAUGCAGACCGCUUUCCGAAACCUUGAAGAUUAA